AUGUUAAAUUUUAUAAGCAAAUACACUUUCUCAAGGUCAGGAGGAACUCUUGCAAGAAAUUAGAAAAAAACAGAAAUUCUUUUAAAUAGGCAUUUACAAAAAAGAGCUCAAUCAUUAAAACAUUAAACAGAAAACUAUCACUUCUUAUAAAACGAUGUUUACAAUCCUGAAAUUUAAAGGGUUUAGCUUUAUGGUUAGGAAUAAAUAGUUAUUGGAUCUUAACAAGAUGCUAGAAGUCCUAAUUUUGUGUUAGCUAUGGUUGGUUAAUUUGAUCCAAAGUCAGUUGUUUUAGGAGGUUUAAAUAGACUACAAUUGAAAGAGUAUCAAAUUGGUAAGAAAAUAUACGAAAAUGAGCCUGUGAUAUAGAAUAAUGAAGAAGAUUUGCCAGCUAAAGAAAUAUUAACUCAUUUUUUCUAAGAAGAUUUAGAGUUUGGAAAUAGCUGGUUCUACUAAGAAGGAGACUAAUGUGUUUAUAGAGUUAUUAAAUCUACAAGAUAAGCAAUUAUGGAAGAUCAUCUUUCAUGCGGAUUUCAUCUUUAUGAAAAACCUAAUAGACAUUUAAUUUUUGGAAAACCUGAUAUAAAUUUAGUUUUUGAAGAUUUAGCUUUACGUUUAAGUUUAAAGUAGUUGCAAGAUGUAUUCUAUCAUGUUAUAUAAGUUGUGUAAGAAGACUUAUAGCAAAAUCAUGAUUAGAGAUAUCCUUAUUUUGAAAAUGAGAGAAUAUAUGAUAUGUUUAGAAUCAAAGUAAGAGAGAUUUAUAGUGACUUAUUAUUAAAUAAGUCAAUCCUUUAUACUGCAUCUAUCUUCAAAAAGACUGCAAGAACUUUUAAAAAAUCAGCAAUAAUUGUUCCUAAUGAGAUUACUAAAUAAGUUGCAGUAUAAACAUUAGAACCAAUGGCACCUGAAUGGAAUUAGAUUUUUAGAGCUUACAUUGAUAAUGAGAAGGAUUAAGGCUAUUUUACAGCUGACAAAUUUACCUCAAAAAAGUACUCUCGUUCUUUUAGGAAUAUUAAGAGGUACUUUAAAGAGGAUCCUGACUAUGAACACAUUAUGAAGGCAGCAGAAAAGUAAUCAUCAAAAUAUGACUACUACUCUAAGGAGAGACCCUUGUUUGAACUAAUUAAAGAGCAGCAAAUUGAUGCAGAUGAAAUUCUAGAAAAAUAUGUUAUAAUUAACCACUUGCUGGAAAAAUCAACUUUAUUUUAUUUAGAAUCAGGAAUUAAUCCUUUUAAUACCACUAUAUUCCAUGGCUUAUUUAAAGAAAAAUAUGGUAAAGGGAAAGAAGCUGUUGAUUAGAUUCUAUAAAAAUAUGAAAAAUAUAACUCGAAAUAUGCUUUAGAAUUACAUAAAUUAUAAAAUUUCUAAAUUAAGCGCAUAGGCGAAUAUGAGUUAGAAUGGAGGCCAAAUUUAGAGUAAUUUUCUUAGUCUGUAAAGAGAUUAGAAGAAAAGCCUUAAAAUUAUAAUUACGAGUUUGUGACAGGUUAGUUAAAUAGAGAAAAGAGAGAUAGAAUUGUAGAAACAGUGCUAUUGAAAACUAUGAUAGGUUUACUUAAAUAGAGGGAAUAAUCAGGAAUUUCUCAAUCAGAUUAAAUUUCUCACUUAAAAGAGUAUUUUGAAGGUAAAAAAACUCAAGAAAAUGUAAAAAUAUUCAAUCAACUAAUUAUUGAAGCAAAUCAUACUUUAGGUUGUAUUGUCAAGUUUCCUUAAACUCAUAAAUAAUUUUUACCAUAUUUAGUGAAUUUGCGUAAAUAUCAGAUUCUUAAAUAGAUUGAGUAAAAACUUGAUGCAGUUGAGGAAUAAGUUAAUAAUGAAAAGAAAUUGAGGUUAUAAAAUUUGACUAAUGUCAUGAGCAUAGAACAAAUAGCUGCUAAAAGAAUAGAGUAAUAAAAUUAAGACAAAGAAGUAGGAUUUGAUUAAGAAGAAGAAAAAAUUGAAAGCUUUAAAGAAUUGUUUGAGAAUUUCCAUGAAUAAAUGUUGGUAUUAGGUGAAAACCCAGAGAAAAUUCCAUUUGAUGUUAAAGGGAAAUCUUUGGAAUAAUUAGAAGAAAUGGGAUUUUAAGCUGCAGGAGAAUUAGAAUUUUAAGUCGAUGACUAAGGAAAGGUUGAAGGUAUAGAAUCAGAAUAAACUUAAGAGAUUUUAGAAUUUUUAGAGACAUUACGUAAAGCUGAUAAUAAGGAAGAAGUUGAAUUCGAAGAAGUUGAUGAUUUUAAAAAAGAAUAUAUUUCAGAUGAUGAUGGAGAUUCUGAUUGA